GAGGAGGGUUCGUCCCCCAUCACGGUGAUCCAGCAGCACCUCCAGGGCAGAGCUGAGCUGGUGGCGGACAGGGCCAAACAGCUCCGCUUCCUCCAGGCUGUGCCGCGUCUCUGCUUCUCGGCACAGAAGCAGGGGCGGGACACCCUGGAGCCCCCGGUCUCCAAAGCGGCCCUCGUGGAGAGCAUUGCGGAGCUGAUUGAAAAUCUCCCUGGUGCGUCAGAGCCGAGCUCCAUCAUGCCCAGCUCCAUGGCCGCAGUUUGCAGCCUCAGGCUCUGUACAACACCUAUUCCCAGAGCCUGGACAUCCUGCUCAGGGGCCUGCUGACGGAGACCCCCACCAUGGAGAAGCUGCAGCACCUCCUGGAGGUGUGCCCCAUCAGAUCUCCAACCUCCUGCGGCUGGCAGAUGAGGGAGGCCACAAGGACAUCGUGGCAGGCAUCAUGCAGGCAGCCAGGGUCCAGCCAGCUGCUGUGGCCUCCCGCCUAGUCCAGAUCCUCCAGCAGGAUGAGGUGUCUGUCGGGCAGAAGGUGGCGGCAUACGAGGACCUCAGGACUGUGCCGCUGGAGCAGGGGAUGGAGGCAGGACUUAUCGGCAGCCUCAUUGCUGUGGCCUCCCAGCAGAUGAGGGCGGCUCCAGAGGAGGCCUCGAGCGAGCUCCAGGCGGCUGCCAGUGAUACCUUGGCCGCCCUCGCUGGCAGCUACUUCGGGCCGGUGAUGCGGGAGCUCCAGAAACACCUGAGGCCCUUUGUGCUGCCAGCGGAGUUCACCCUCCUCACCCUGGGCAAGGUCAUGGCGGCCAGCGUGUACAGGUGCGUCCCUUUCCUGGGCAUCACCCUGACCACCAUGCAGACCGUGAUGCGAGGGAUAGAUGACAGCAGGAGACGAGGGGCCUUCUGCACCGCCCUGGAGUGCACGUGUGGGGCAAUCAGCACUUACCUGAGGAGCUGGGAGAGGAGCACCUAUCCACAAAUCACGCUCCAGCGCUUCUCUGCACACCUGCUCCCCACGUACCGGUACCUCCUCAGCGCCUGGCUGCCCAGCGAGGACACAGAGGUCAAACUGGCUGUCCUCAAGGCCCUGGGGCCAGUGCUGAACAUCCUGCUGCCCAGGAAGGAUCUGCAAAACCAGAUCUAUGGGGACAUCCCCCUGCUCCUGGCUCUGUACGGGAAGAACAUCGAGGCCUUUACAUCACCAAGACUCUGCCCCGUGCCCUGGGGUCAGUCCAGCCGGACCGUGCUCUGGGUGGUGCUGGCGGGCUGGGUUCUGGGACAGAUCUUGCAGGCCUCUUCCUCCAAGAACCCGAUCCCAGAGGUGUAUGUGGCGGCCAUCUCCCACACGCUGAGCUACCAGGUCACUUCCAAAGCUCAGCGGCCCUAUCAGCUCUGCAGGGAGAACCACACAGAGAUUCCCCACGUCUUCCUGCAACUCGUUCCGGGGCUGGCCAGCCGGAAACACCUGUGCAUCAAAUCAGUGAAAUCAGUUCUUACCGACGGGAGUCCCAAGGGGGACAUCACAGCCGACAUCAUGGUCCACCUAUUUAACAUCCGGGUCUUGGGCCAGGUGCCGGCCGCCCUGCAGGGGCUGUGCUCCGUGGGGCAGCCUUGA